CCAAACCCACAGGCCCGACGGACCUAUGAAAUUUCAAAAAAGAAAAUUUUAUAUAUAAGGUAAUAAUUCAUCUAUCUUAAACACGAAGCCAUACUUUUUCAUCGCGGUAAAAUGGUAAAACUAAAAUACGAAGUCAUUGCAUGUCGUCACACAACAGUCGAAACACGGUAGAGGCUUACAGUUGAUCUUCCGGUCUAAGGGAAGUAACUCUAAUUUACCUAGAAAUACAUUUCCGGUUCGAAAAUGGCUGGCUUGCUCCGGUAUGUUGAUGGGGCAAAGCCCGGAAAAAAACUUGUAAUAGAAAGCAAGCAUAUUUCUUCAGACAAAAAGUAUGAAGAUAAGAGGGUGCGUAAAUUCCUGGCCGAAUGGAACAAGGGAAGGCCUUGGCUAAGGUACGAAAAUGACAAAAUGUAUUGUGAAUGUUGUCGGGAAAACGAAACUACCGGCGCUUUUUGUGUCGGCACAACAAACUUCAAACUGACUGCAGUUAAACAGCAUGAGAGCUGUAAUGUUCAUAAGAAAUUUGCUUUGAAAUAUUUAAGGCCAAAAACAGUCGAAAAAAGCCAGGCAGCGGAAUGUCUCAUGAAACUGAAAAAAGCAGAGUAUGACAGGCUUGUCAUAAAGUUCAGGACAGCACACGCUAUAGCAAAAUCUCAUCAGAGUUUUCGUUUUUACAACACUAUGUGUAGACUCGACAAAGCCAAGGGCCUUGACAUUGGCAGCUCAUACUUGAAUGACAAAUCGGCUUCAACUUUUGUACAGACUAUUGCUGAUGUUACCCAGGACAAUGUGAGAGAAAAGAUCCUCAAGUCCAAAUAUUUGAGCUUCACCUGUGAUGGCAGUACAGACUUCACUGGAGAGGAUAUGGAAAAUGUGUAUGUGCGUGUCGUUGUCGACGGAAUUGUUGAAGAUUUAUUUCUUUACAUUGGGACUGCUAAUUCUGCUGGAAGUGCAGAUAUUUUCAGAUUUCUGAUGGAGACAUUUGAUAAUCUGUCCUUGAAUGUAGAGGAAAAGGUCAUAGGGUUUUGUGCUGAUGGGGCCUCAAACAUGCAGGGUACAAAAACUGGUCUGGCAGCACUCCUAAAGGAGAAAUGGCCUCAUAUCUUCAUUACCCAUUGCUUGGCACAUCGCCUGGAGUUAGCCUUCAAGGAUGCUAUCAAGAAAUCUGCUGUUUAUGAUAAGAUGACUACUCUUCUUCUUGAAAUUUACUACCUGUACAGAAAAAGUCCAAAACAGAAAAAAAUAUUGGGCAGGGCAUUUGAGGCAUUGGGCAUGACAGUGAUUCUGCCAUCACAAGUUGGAGGAACCAGAUGGCUUCCCCACCUUCAGCGGGCUAUUUCUGCUUUUAUUAAGGGUUUCCGAGCAUUGUUUCAGCUUGAAACUUCCUCCCAUGACAACCCUAAGGCAGAAGGCCUUGCAAAGCUUGCAAGUGAUGGAAAUGUCAUCAUCUUCAUUCUCCAGUUAAAGAUGAUCAUCGGUGUCCUCGCAAGGUUGUCUCCGUAUCUGCAGCGCCGAGAACUUUGUAUAGGAGAUGCGUACAUGCGUGUGAAGGCUACUAAAGCUGAAUUGCUACAAAUACUUCAAUCUGAGUGUGAGGAAGUUGCCAACAUCUUGGUGUCCAAUGAGUAUCAGGACCAGAAGCUGACUUUCAAAGGACGAAAAACCUGA